AUGCUGCUUCCUGGUAUCGGCACGAUGGUAGGCGCCUUGGCUUGCGGCAUUGCUGGCGGAGUCUACGGCUGCAGAGCCUCUUCGACGUUGGUCAACCGGAUUGGAGAUCAGACCGGCUACGACAUGGAGGCCCGAAAGUGCGACGUCUGCUCUGAUAUUUUCAUGCACCGCAAAUAUGCUUCUUCCAAUGACCAUGUUUGUUACAAAGGCGAACUUUGAUCGACCUUUGGUGCUUUUGUUUUUUUUUCUUCAAUAAGCUUCCGCAAUAAACUUUUCUGUUACAUUAGUUUUUUGAAGAAGUUAGAGUGUGUAUACCAACAACAAAAUUUUUAUUUUCGUAAUAUUGCAUCCUUAUAGGUUUUCUUCAUAGUAAAAAAAAACGUUCGAAAGUAUUUGACCCAAGAAAAGCUGCAUCAAGGAUCAAAUACCCUUGUUUCAUACUUUUCCGCUCUCAGAAGCUCAAAAGAAAAUACGAGUUUUGAAAACGUCAUCCAUUCCUUAUCAGCUGACUGACCUAUAAUAGUCAUGUUAGUGUUUGAAACGUACAAUCACUUCGAUUGCCUGAAAUAUUCACAACGCUUUUGCACUAAUGAACUUUGAAGCUUAUACCUUGACUCAGAUUUCAAACCAUCCGGAAAGUCUGUUUUUAAACUUAAAUUAAUUUUUUGGUAGUUAUGGAUUUUAGUGGAACGGCAAGUUCGGAUAUAUGCUGAUGGUGUCUACGAUUUGUUUCAUUUCGGGCAUGUUCAACAACUGAAACAAAUCAAGGAUCGAUUUUCAGGAGCUCAUUUGAUGGUGGGAGGUUGGAUAGUCAUUUAGAGAGUUAUGGAAAAAGUGCACGAUUUAUAUUUUUUUGUUUUGCAUUUUUCCCGAAAAGUUUUAAUUCGCUUGUUUAUAAAAAUGGCUUUUUGAUUUUUUUCGACACACUUUUUUUCAGUAAUCUCUGACGAGGACUGCUUCAAGUACAAACUGAAGAAACCAGUGAUGAGUCACCAAGAACGUAUUCAGGUGUUUCUCAAAAAAGAAGUUAUUAUGCUGAAAUUGCAAUUUUACUCUUUUCAGAGCGUCAAACUGUGCCCAUAUGUGGACGAGGUAAUCACACAACCGCCAUUUUACCCGACAAUAGAAUUUUUAAAUCGAUUCAAGGUGUGCAAUUAAAUUUUUUUUACAACAGUUCAAUUCGAAUUUCUUACAUCAACAAAAUGACAAGAACUGGACUACCUUCAUCACAUCAAUAUUUUUCUGUACCUCUAAUGUUAACAUUUUUAAGAUCGACCUGGCGGCUCACGACGACUUUCCGUAUCCAGUUGGUUCUGAGCACAUAGACGAUUGCUAUACGCCUUUCAAAGUGACUUUUUGAAUCGAUUAAUUGAAAAAAAGUUUCCUAGGACGCUGAUCGAUUUCUGACGACGAUCCGAACGCCGUACAUUUCUACGACGGAGCUCGUCAGUCGCAUAACUUCACGUUACAAUGAAUACAAAUAA